GCAUGUCAUUCAUAUUAUUUACCAUCAAGAUUAAAAUUGGGUCGAAAGACUAUCUUUUUGCUAGGUCACGACUUUGUUCAACUACUUAGCCACUUCGUCAACAUGUUGAUAAGGGUCUGAAGUGUGAAUAACUUCUGUGAUCAAACAGCGAAGACUCACUUUCCAAAUGGUUUCACUUUCAAUAUAAAAACGGAAGUGCUGCUUAGGCCUGGUUUAGAAUCUGUCCAAACUGUAUGGCUCCUGUUGGAGUCUCGAGUACUUUAAGAUCAUCAGCUGAAGUCCCAUGUGCAUAUAGGAUGGAGAUAUCGAUGUGAAGUCGUUUAGAAUGAAUCAUCAACUUGGCCAUCAUGGGCCCUCAAGUCCUCUCUUCGACAUGGUCCAGCCAGGAGGAUCCAAGAGCCCACUGGUCUCCCCUGCGGACAUCAAGAACACAGGUAAAUUCUUUGAGACAGAUGCCAGGCACAGGGGUCCUGAAUCCUUCCAGAUCCAGUCACGGAUACGGACCCGUUCGACAACGGAAAACAGCGGCAGUGCGCCCCUCAAUGUUGAUAAUACCAUGGGGAUUGACGGGGCUUCCAUAUCGCUCUCCGGAAGUCUGCCAAACUCUACCGGAGCUUUCAAGAAAGCUCUCGCAAAGUCAAACUCUUUUGACCAUCCGAUGGAGAAAGCCUCUACAGACACGGUGGUUUCAUUCUCGGACGACGAGGGCGUGAUUCACAGUAGCUCCUCCCCCUUCGCAUCCGAAGAACACUCGAGUACGAAGAACCACAAGCUCCCUGUUACGAGACAGUCAUCAUUUCACAGGGAGUCUCUUCAGGACAAACGAACCAUUCCAGUUCAGGGAAUCCGUAUACAAAGGACUAAAGAUUCCCAGGACAAUCUGCUCACGGGAACCGCUAUCACUUACCUCUUACUUUGGUAUUUCUUCAGUUUUUGCACACUCUUCCUCAAUAAGUACAUCCUCAGUUCUUUAGGUGGCAACCCAGGAAUGUUAGGUUCGGUACAGAUGAUGAUGACGACAGUUUGUGGCUUCAUCAAGAUGCACGUCCCUUGCUGUCUCUACCGACAUAAACCCAGAGAUGAGAAGCCACACAACUUCAAGAGAAAUAUGGUUCUACUAGGAAUAAUGAGGUUUGCUACUGUAGUCUUAGGCCUGGUCUCGCUGAAGCAUAUAGCAGUGUCUUUCACCGAGACAAUAAAGAGCUCCGCCCCCUUCUUCACCGUCGUCUUGGCCAGUUGCGUUCUUCGCGAGAGGACGGGAAUGUGGGUCAAGAUGUCUCUCAUUCCCGUCGUCGGGGGCCUGGCGUUGACGAGCUGCUACGAGCUUAGCUUCACCAUGGUCGGUUUCACUGCUGCCAUAGCAACCAAUCUUGUAGACUGCCUCCAGAACGUCUUUUCAAAGAAGCUCCUAAGUAGUAGCAAGUACAAAUACAGCCCUCCUGAAUUACAAUUCUACACAAGCACAGCAGCUGUAAUACUUCUCAUACCAUCCUGGUAUUUUAUAUUGGAAAUUCCUUUUAAAGACGGUGCUCCAGACCAUGUGCUCGUCAUGGCAUUGCUGGUCAAUGGAAUCUUCUUUCACCUUCAGAGUAUUACUGCUUACGCCCUCAUGGGUAGGAUAUCGCCAGUCACACACAGCGUUGCCAACACGGUGAAGAGAGCCCUCCUCAUAUGGCUGUCCAUCCUGACCUUUGGUAACCCGGUCACCCUGUACAGCGGGAUUGGAACCCUGAUCGUCGUGUUUGGGGUCCUCCUCUACAACAAGGCCAGGGAGCACGAGCAGCUGACGCGCGAGGUUGCCAGGCGCCAGACGCAGGAGAUAGAUUUAUGACAGGGUGACCAAAAAAAGUAGCAAGUAUCAUUGUCAUAGACGUCACAUCAUUGAUAUCAUCACAGGCAUUGUCAUUGAUGUAAUUAUCAUAUGGUUGUUAUUUUCAAUUUGUCAUUGAGAUUGACCUUUCCUUGACCUAAGCCUUCCACAUCAUCUGGGAGAUGUGUGAUCAGGGGCUUCUGCUUCAUGACCUCCAGCCAGAUCUUCCUACCUAGUGAUGUUCUGGUCGCUUCUGUAAAGCAGGGCUCCCACUUAAUAGCCGAGUUGUAUUAGCGAGUUAUGGCGAGUU